CAUUUACACUUGCAACGACCUCUCCCUUCCCUACAAACUACAAUCUAAAGUCUCGCCUACUCUCACUGCAACCGGGGAAAAAAGGGUUUUAGAGAGAGAGAGAGAGGGAAUUAGGGUUUGAAUUUUUGGAGAUGAUGAAGCAGACCAAAGGAGCCGGACCGGACUUCGAUUUACCUGAUGAGGUACUGGCGGUGAUCCCCACGGAUCCCUACGACCAGCUCGAUCUAGCCAGGAAGAUCACCUCCAUGGCGAUCGCCUCCCGCGUUUCGAACCUUGAGUCCGAGGUCGCGAGGCUGAGGCAGAAGAUGCAGGACAAGGAUCGCCUGGUUCUGGAGCUCGAGGACCAGGUUUCGCAACUCAGUCAAGCUUAUCACGAGGCUGAUACGCGGUUAAAGAUCUCCCAUGACGAUAAUACAAAGCUUCGGAAGGAGCGUGAUUCGCUGGCCAUGACGGUGAAGAGACUGGGUCGUGAUUUGGGCAAGUUGGAGACAUUCAAGAGACAGUUGAUGCAGUCACUAAAUGAUGACAAUUCAUCAACAACUGAAACUGUUGAUAUUGUGACCUAUGACCACUCUGUUCUCAAACCCUAUGCAGUGAAAGAUGAGGAGGUCAAUGGCUACACUGCAUCUCAUUCUUUCAGCAGCUCUACAGAAAGUGAAUAUGUAUCUGAUGCCUCAAAGCAAGCUGUGCAAAGAUAUUCUUUAACACCAUAUAUAACACCGCGGCUCACUCCAACUGGAACACCAAAAAACCCAUCUACAACUGGAUCUCCAAUAAGAUAUUCUGGUGCUGGAUCUCCUCGGAGAACAUCAAACAUCCCAUCUCCCACAAGACCUCAGCGUAUAGGAUCUGGUACACUGUCUUCAUGGUACCCUUCAAGCCAACAGUCCUCAGGUGCAAGCUCUCCUCACAGACUCCCAGUGCCAGGACGCACUCCUCGUAUUGAUGGAAAGGAGUUCUUCCGUCAAGCUAGGAAUCGUCUAUCAUAUGAACAGUUCAGUGCAUUUUUGGCAAACAUAAAGGAAUUUAAUGCUCAAAAGCAAUCUAGAGAGGAAACUUUACGGAAAGCUGAAGAGAUUUUUGGUCUGGAUAACAGAGAUCUUUAUCUAUCAUUUCAAGGAUUGCUUAACCGCAACGGACACUAAAUGUUUUAGCCAAAUGGCUUCUGAGGAUGCUGCAGUGGGAUCGUGGCCAACCCCAUAUACUGUUGUCUAAGACAUGAGCUGCUGAUUAUCCUUUGCGGAUCGGAUCAAUUUGCAAGCCUCGUUUUCCCAAUUCUUACAGGUUUUUCUGUAAAUAAGUGGAUUUGGUUUGCAUUGCAACUGUGGUAUGCUAGAUUGCGCCAAUUUAAAUAUUAGCAAGAUAUUAGUUCAUCUGACUGAAUGCAGUAUAUUUUACAGAAAGUUUUGUUCAAUGAAUCUUUCAUGUUACUUGCCA